UAGGAAUCGAUGCACGCCUGCCCCCCCACUGGAUCGAUCUCAACUCAGCUUCUUCUUUGCAUUCUCCUUCUUAUACAGUUUCAGCAAAGAUGUCUUCUUCAAGACCCAGCCACUCUUCCAGUAAUACAGGCCGAUCAAAACACAGUGCUAGGAUCAUUGCUCAGACCACAGUCGAUGCAAAGCUCCAUGCAGAUUUUGAGGAGUCAGGUGAUUCCUUUGACUACUCAAGUUCAGUGCGUUUUACUGGUAAAGCUGGCGAUGGAGAUCAACAACCUAGGUCUGACAAAGUGACCACAGCUUACCUCCACCACAUACAGAAGGGCAAGCUUAUCCAGCCAUUUGGGUGUUUGUUAGCUAUAGAUGAGAAAACUUUCAAAGUCAUUGCCUACAGUGAAAAUGUUCCUGAAAUGCUAACUAUGGUGAGUCAUGCAGUUCCAAGUGUUGGGGACCACCCAGUUCUCGGCAUUGGAACAGAUGUGAGGACUAUAUUUGCUACCCCCAGUGCUGCAGCAUUGCAGAAAGCCUUAGGAUUUGGGGAAGUUUCUCUGUUAAAUCCCAUCUUGGUCCAUUGCAAAACUUCUGGGAAACCUUUUUAUGCAAUUGUACACAGAGUAACAGGUAGCUUGAUUAUUGACUUUGAACCUGUGAAGCCUUAUGAAGUUCCCAUGACUGCUGCCGGGGCCCUGCAAUCGUACAAGCUUGCAGCUAAGGCAAUUGCUCGAUUGCAGUCAUUGCCCAGUGGAAGCAUGGAAAGACUUUGUGAUACAAUGGUUCAAGAAGUUUUUGAGCUGACGGGUUAUGACAGGGUGAUGACCUACAAAUUUCACGAGGACGAUCAUGGGGAGGUUGUGUCAGAGAUCACAAAGCCAGGCCUUGAGCCUUAUCUGGGUUUGCAUUAUCCAGCUACAGAUAUUCCUCAAGCUGCCAGAUUUUUAUUUAUGAAGAAUAAAGUCCGAAUGAUCUGCGAUUGUCGGGCUACACAUGUUAAGAUUCUUCAAGACGAGAAACUUCCAUUUGAUUUAACCUUGUGUGGUUCAACCCUAAGGGCCCCUCACAGUUGCCAUAUACAGUAUAUGGAGAAUAUGAAUUCAAUUGCUUCUCUGGUUAUGUCAGUUGUAGUCAACGAGGGAGAUGAAGAAGGUGAGAGCUCUGCUUCUGUACAACCACAGAAGAGAAAAAGACUUUGGGGCUUGGUGGUAUGCCAUAACACAAGCCCAAGGUUUGUUCCCUUCCCCUUACGGUAUGCCUGUGAGUUUCUAGCUCAAGUAUUCGCUAUCCAUGUGAACAAGGAGUUAGAAUUAGAAAAUCAGAUUCUUGAGAAGAACAUCCUGCGUACACAGACACUAUUGUGUGACAUGCUGAUGCGAGAUGCGCCCUUAGGCAUUGUGACCCAGAGCCCAAACAUAAUGGAUCUUGUGAAGUGUGACGGGGCUGCCCUUCUAUACAAAAAUAAGAUAUGGAGAUUGGGAUUAACACCAAGUGACAUCCAGUUGCGUGAUAUAGCAUUAUGGCUGUCAGAGUAUCAUAUGGAUUCUACAGGUUUGAGUACAGAUAGUUUGUACGAUGCAGGGUUUCCGGGGGCUCUUGCUCUUGGAGAUGUAGUUUGUGGUAUGGCAGCUGUCAGAAUAACAUCCAAGGACAUGCUUUUUUGGUUCCGGUCUCACACUGCUGCAGAAAUUCGCUGGGGUGGUGCAAAGCAUGAACCAGGGGAGAAGGAUGAUGGUAGGAAGAUGCACCCAAGAUCUUCUUUCAAAGCUUUCCUUGAAGUGGUUAAAACAAGGAGUUUGCCUUGGAAAGAUUAUGAGAUGGAUGCAAUCCAUUCUUUACAGCUUAUCCUGCGGAAUGCUUUCAAGGAUGUGGAAUCCAUGGAUCUGAGCACUAAUACAAUUCAGACAAGGCUUGGGGACAUCAAAAUUGAAGGGAUGCAGGAACUGGAGGCAGUGACGAGUGAAAUGGUGCGUUUGAUUGAAACAGCUUCAGUGCCAAUCUUGGCGGUUGAUGAUGAUGGUCUGGUUAAUGGAUGGAAUACAAAAAUUGCAGAGUUAACUGGUCUCUUGGUUGAUAAGGCAAUUGGGAAGCAUCUGCUUACACUGGUGGAAGAUUCUUCUGCUGAUGUAGUUAGAAGGAUGUUGUACUCAGCAUUGCAGGGCAAAGAGGAGCAAAAUAUCCAAUUUGAGAUUAAGACGCAUGGGACUAGGAGAGACUCUGGUCCCAUUAGCUUAGUUGUGAAUGCUUGUGCAAGCAGGGACCUUCAUCAAAAUGUUGUCGGGGUAUGCUUUGUAGCCCAAGAUAUAACCAGUCAGAAAACAGUCAUGGACAAAUUCACUCGAAUUGAGGGAGACUACAAAGCAAUAGUACAGAACCCAAACCCAUUGAUCCCGCCAAUAUUUGGCACAGAUGAAUUUGGUUGGUGUUCUGAGUGGAAUCCAGCAAUGAAAAACUUAUCUGGAUGGAACCGAGAGGAAGUUAUUGAUAAAAUGCUUUUGGGUGAGGUUUUUGGGACCGACAAAUCAAGCUGCCGUCUCAAGAACCAAGCAGCUUUUGUCAAUCUUGGUAUUGUACUCAAUAAUGCUAUGACUGGUCAAGGAUCUGAGAAGGUUUCAUUUGGUUUUUUUGCACGGAGUGGGAAGUACAUAGAAUGCCUUUUGUGUGUGAGCAAGAAAGUGGACAGAGACGGGGCAAUCACUGGUAUCUUUUGCUUCCUGCAGCUUGCUAGUCAAGAGCUGCAACAAGCACUUCAUGUUCAGCGGCUGUCAGAGCGAACUGCCUUGAACAGGUUGAAAGCAUUGUCCUAUAUUAAAAGGCAGAUUAGGAAUCCUCUAUCUGGGAUUAUGUUUUCCCGGAAGAUGUUGGAGGGUACUGACCUGGGAGAAGAACAAAAACAGCUUCUGCAUACAAGUGCCCAGUGCCAGCGUCAGCUCAACAGAAUUCUUGAUGACACUGAUCUUGAUUGCAUAAUUGAUGGGUACUUGGAUCUAGAAAUGGUUGAGUUUACUUUGCAUGAGGUACUGAAUACUUCCAUCAGUCAAGUAAUGAUGAAGAGCAAUGAGAAGGGUAUUCGGAUAAUUAAUGAUAUACAAGAAGACGUGAUGGCUAAAACCUUCUUUGGAGACAGUUUGAGGCUUCAACAGGUCCUAGCUGAUUUCUUGUUGAUAUCUGUGAAUUUUACCCCAAAUGGCGGCCAGCUUGGUGUUGCUGGCAGUUUGACCAAAGAUCGGUUAGGAGAAACUGUUCAACUUGCACAUUUGGAAUUCAGGAUAUCUCAUGCUGGUGGUGGGGUGCCUGAAGAAUUGUUGAACCAGAUGUUUGGGAAUAAUGGGGAUGCAUCUGAGGAGGGCAUUAGUCUGCUGGUGAGCAGGAAGCUGGUGAAGAUGAUGAAUGGGGACGUGCAGUAUCUGAGGGAAGCGGGGAAGUCAACCUUCAUCAUAGACGUUGAACUUGCCAUGGCUCAAUAAUGAUAUAUUGAGCCCAAAUAAAAUGUUUUUGCGCUUGGGUUUUUUUUUCCUUGUACAGUUGAAGAAUAUUAGAAUGAAUGUUGAUCUCUCUCUCUCUCUCUCUCUCUCUCUCUCUCUCGUGUUUUUGCAUUGUAAAUAUGGGUGUUCAAGAUUACCACUUAUCAAGGUAUAGCCCGGACCAACUUUACAUAUUUAUAGAGCAAAUGUUUACCAACA